AGUCAGAAGUGUUCCAGAUCUGAACCUAUUCCGGCCCCACCCUACUGAUUUUCCUGCGUGGGUGUCUCUCAUAUAUGUUGUGGUCUCUGUUAUGACAGGCAGUCCAAGGACAAGCCUCACUCACUUGGUAACUAUCAAGGCCUACGCCAUAUCUCGACACUGUCCAGGAUGUCAUUGUUACAGCAUGAUCGUAAUUUCCGCCGGAAAUCUUCACCUUCUGGGCCGCCUUAUGCACCACAAAUAGCAGGCCUAGGGGGAAAACCAACUGUAAACCCCGAUGUUCCCAUCACCGCAGUAUUCCUGGCCCUCUACGUUAUAUUCGCUAUCGUUCACAUGAGGAUAAUGAGGGCUGGCCAAAAGCGUGGACACAAAUUUGUGUUCUCUGGGGCAAUGUUUGGAUUCUGCAAAAUCAGAGUAAUUACCAUGUCUCUACGAUUAGCAUGGGCCUGCCACAACAACGACAUUAGCUUGGGUAUCGCAGCGACUGUAUUCGUCUAUGUUGGAACGGUUAUCCUAUACAUCGUAAAUUGGUUCUUUGCACAGCGGAUCGUGCGGGCUCAGCAUCCGAAUUCCGGUUGGUCAACGACGUACAGACUCAUACACCGAUCUGGCGUUGUCCUGCUACUAUUUUGUCUGGUUCUCCUGAUCGUAGCAUCCAUUCAGCAGUUCUUCACUUUGAACGUUGACGUACUUCGAAUUGACCGAAACUUCCAACUCACUGGGAUAACCUAUUUCGCGGCGUUUUGCUUUGCACCAAUCGUACUUGUCGCCGUAUCUCUUUUCAUCCCACGGAAUGAGGUCGACAAAUUUGGAGCGGGUCGUUUGCGCAACAACAUCGCCAUUCUUCUGAUUGCGACGACGAUACUAUCGAUUGGGCAGAUAUUUCGAUGCGUUGUAGCAUGGCUACCUCCCACUAGGCUUGUCUCCCCUAGUGGUCGGCCUGUGGAGAUUCCGUGGUACUUGUCUCGAUUCUGUUUCUAUUUUCUCAACUUCUUAACUGAACUCAUCGUUGUCAUAUUUUACGCCGUAACUCGCGUUGAUCUCAGAUUCCACGUUCCUGAUGGCGCGAAAGAGGGUGGAUCGUAUUCCAAAGGCCGUACCCCUAGCAGCUACAAUAUCAAUGUCAUUGGUAAAGAGGUGAACCUUCGGCGUAUGGUUUCUUUACCAUUGGCCCGGCUGCGGUGCGCAAAUUUGUCCAACGAAACGAUUGAGGAAUUUGAUGGGCCACUGUUUGACGAUACCCGCACGCUGGCAGACUCACUCCGCUAUCCUUCCUCAGUCCUCGAAGUCGACCCGACAACUGGACAUUAUAAAGUUAGGCGCACUUCUUCAAUGCACAGUGGUCAGGUCUCUCAUGCUGGGUCCGAACCUUCGCUUUGGAGUCCGGAUCGGGACACAGUCAUUGUGGAGGAAGUGCCACCACUUCCACCAUUGCCGGCCGAUUGGCCAUUGCGCACCGGAAGGCCGGCGACUCAAGGAAGUUUACAAUCAACCUCACAGGGCAGACACAGGGAUCGAGUAUCGUCGCAGAGCCUGUCGAAUAUCAUCGAAAGGGGCGAUGCCAUUGCUGAGGCUGUUGCUCGACUGGAGGGCAGGAGUGAACUGCAUAAGAAACGACGUCAAACCUCUAGCCGAAGCAGUUUGUCUAAUCAUGAGUUCGUUGACUCAAUCAGAAACAGAUCGCAAGGCGAUCUUCCGAUGAAAAGAGUCCACUCACCUAUCACGGACUCGUUGCGGAAGCAAGCUAUCUCCAGAGAGAUUUCGACAACGACUUCGAGCUUGCCCAAAAAGUAUAACUACGUUACUCGCUCCGACUCACCCCUUAAGCAAGCACAGUCGUCUACGUCGGAAUCUCAAGUCUCAGCUUCACCGAGGCCUGGGGUGGCAGUAGGCAAUACAACAGCCCCACCCGCUACACCUACCACUGGCCUUACAGGAAAGAGAAGCAUCCCACGCGGAACUGUCAUGCGAGAAACUCAGAGUAACACCAGUAACGAUGAAACAUCGGCCAAUGGGGAAUUUGCGCGUUUCAGUUCAGACUGUUCUCGGACGUGA